AUGGAGAGUAACCCUGAAACCCAAGUUACUAUUAACAAGGCGCAAAGAGUUUUGCAUUUUAGUGAUGGUGUUGAUGAAGAAUUUGAAGAGGAAAUUGUCCCUGAACUUGCGAGUAAACCAUUGGAGGAAAAUAUAGACCCUAAAACUCUUACUUGGGGACCUUGGUUCACAUAUGUUGCACAGAAAUCGGGGACAAAGGUUUUAAAUGCUGUUGAUUAUGCUGGAGAAUCUCUAGCAAAUUUUUUUGGCAUCACCAGUCCGAAGUAUCAACUAGAGAUUAGUGAAUAUGAGCGAGUUCAAGAGGAACAAAAGAAAUUAGAAGAAGAUUCAGCUGGUUGGAUGCCUAAAAAUGGUGGUGGGGAUAUACCCUUAGUUCUAAAUGAACCAAUAAAAGUUAUUGAUAAUGCGAAAAAUCCCUAA